GGAUCUUGGAACAACACUCUCCCACUUAGAGGUGUUAUGGAUGGUUCGCUGCUGUCUCUCGGACCUAGAUGGGAUACCCUCAUUUUGUUCCUUGAAGGAACUGUAUCUUGCAUAUAACGACAUCUCAGAUCUGAGUCAGUUAGCAUGUUGGAUCACCUUGUGAUUCUAGACCUUGAAGGCAACAAUAUUGAAGACAUUAUUCAAGUGCAGUACCUUGGCCUUUGCAGCAAAUUAAGUGUUCUAACAUUGGAAGGAAAUCCUGUCUGCUUGACCCCACGUCCAGGUGCAACUGAGGACUUAGGAUACAAUUACCGGGCCACAGUGAAAGAUCUGAUUCCGCAGCUCAGUGUUUUGGAUGACCUUCCUGCGGAUGAUAUCACUCCAUCAGCUUGCAGACAAGCAAAUGAAGACUGGAAGACCAUAAAAGACUUAAUCAAAGAUAGCAGUCUUUUGGAGGAUGAUGUCACAUCUGGUGAUAGACCUCCAUCUAGGCAGCGUCCAGCCACUGCAAGGCCCAGCACCGGUCAGAGGCCAUGGAUUUCACAAAGACCAGCAAGCGCCGGAUUAUUUGGGACCAGUCGAGGAUAUAACAUCCCUGGGAAUCUCUGUCCUGGAUCAUCUGGAUCAGAUGAAAGUGUUUUAGAAGAAGAUGCCAGUGGCCUUACACAUGGAGUUGGUCAGGUGAUAUGUGGAAAUCCAAUAAAAGCUCUUCGUGCAAGACGACAGAAGUUAAAUCUCACCUCCUCCUCUUCAAGCCUCUUUCAAGAGUGUAGCCAUAAAUCUGAGGAAUGUGUUGAAGCCAAAGAAGUGGCAAAUAAAAAUCAGGAGAAUAUUUUUGCUGAGCUCAAAGCAUGGAGACUGGAACACAGCAAGCGUCUAGAAGCUAUUCAGAAGGAACGUGAGCCACAGAUACUUAAGAUUACACACUGCAAUGAUGACGAAUGUAGUCUGGAUGGAAGUAGUGAAGAAGAGUUUAAAGAGAGUAGUUACAAUGAUGAGGUUUUAAGUGCAUCCCCAGAGCCCUCUGGGUGCACAACUCCAUCACCUGAUUUCUCAGCUGAAACAGAUGCAACUAUAGUGAUGUCCUCAAACUCCCUGUUUUGUCCAUCUCCUUCUCCCCCACCCCGACAUAAUGGGUCUCCAGGAACACGGAAAACCUCAGAGCUGAGGACACGACACCUAAAGAUCAAGCAGGAAAAACUACCAGGGUUGCACAAUGCAGCAUGUGAAGUGGCAGUAAGAGCUGGACCGCUUUUGGCUGAUGAAGAAUUUCACCUUCUGGAUCCAGAGAGAGUCCACAUGGACAUGUCAGCUGUGAAGCCAAAAUCAUGUCCAGAGUUCAGGCUGAGAGUCUUUCCAAACAGUGCAAUUUUAAGGCCAGCUUCUGGACCACCAGAAAUGAGAGAUCGGAUUCACAAAGCUGUGCUUGACAGAAGUUCUGAGAACCUCACACGUGAUCAUCGGCCAAUUAUUCGCUCGUCUACAAAAUCUCCCGAAAGUCCAUCAACCCAAAUUGGCAUCUCGCCUCUUAGAGCGAAGGCUGCAGUGCAGCGCCUACCAAACAGACCUGCUCUCAGGCCACCUCACUCGAAGACGGAGAUCAUCUGACACCUUGCAGAGACAAAUAGGAAAGUGCAGCGUUAAGAUGGAAAUGGACUUGCCAGAGACCUGCUGCCAGGCUUUCUGUGAGAGCGUUUUUUUUUUUUUUUUUAAAUCCUUGCUACCUGUUGGGUUUUCAUAUUAAUUGUUGUUCUUAUAUGUAUUUUUAUUAGAAAUCAUCUAUUUUUAAUGUGUACAAACAUUACCUUGAACUUUUCAAUCAUGGCACUGGCAACUAUACCAAUAAACACUUAAAGAUAUUUUGUCACUAAAUUUGAA